AUGAACUCUCGCAAGCUCAGAACACCUAGUCGUUCUCAGAUUCGACCGCCUACUCUUCGUAUGAGUACGCCAAAAACUCAAGUAUUUUUACCUCGUGCAUCGUCGUCUUCUCAAUCUGAACAACAAUUUCAACAAUUACCGUUAUUCGAUCAAGAUGAAAAUCGUAUUACAUUGGGAAAACUUUAUUCGAAUUUACUGUUGCUUGGCAUGGAAUAUAAUCAAGAAUAUUACCAAAAAUAUUUGGCAUACAUCGGCAACUUGAGACAAUUUUCCAUCGAUAAUUUAUUACAGUCUCAGGAAUUAGUUCGUUUAAUUACUCAUUUUCUCAUUGGAAUCUAUGAAUUAUCUCUAACUCAAACUCAAGCAGGUGAAAGACCCUACACUAGCGACUAUUUACGUGAAAUUGCAUAUUAUUUUCCACCAAUUGGUGAAAAAUUAACAGAAUAUAAUCGUCUUGUCAAAAAUAAAUUUCAACAAAUCUCAACGUCGCACGGGGCUUAUCCCUGGCCAAGAAUUAUUCCCGAUCCGUCGUGCGUACAUCGAUUUUAUUUAUGCUUAUUUUAUUUGUCACAAUUAUGCUUAAUUAAACGUUUGUCAAAACAUUCACAAAUACGUUUUAGAGAAAUGAAUUAUUCAGUAGGAAGUAAUCAAUCUAUUAAUGUUGGAAACAACGAAAAAAAUGGUUCAAUAACGAGGGAUCGUUUACAACGUAUUAAUCAUUUGAAUAAAUGUGAUACAUCAAGAAAUUAUCAAAUGUUUUAUAAAAAAAUAGCAGAUGAUUAUGAAAAACGAAACAAAUUUUUUCAAUUAAAAGAGGAGUUAGAACAAGAAUUAGAAAAAUUAAUUCAUCAAUAUGAACAAGCAAAUUUGUACUCACAACAAUUUAUUCAACUACAACAAGAUGACGAACCAAAUCGGUAUGAGAAUUUAUUAGGUCAAAUUCGUGAAAUGAAUACGUAUUUAUUGAGCGAUACAUUUCAAAAACUAGAUUGGUUUUCGAAAAAUUAUUCAUCAAAAUUAAAUUCAACAACCAUCGAGAUUGGCUUGAAUCCCACACUAUGUAAACAAAUUAAAAAGCUAUGUGAGCUAAACCAACAGCAAAAUGUGAAUAAAGAUUUGCUAUCGCCUACAAUAGUGUCACCAGGUUCAUUAAUUGAACAAGCAUCCAAUUCUCCAUUGACAAAUCCAUUAUAUCCAACGUUCACAGAAUCUUCUUCAUCGACAACCAGCUCACCAUUGAUAUCAACUUUUGAAAUAUUUCAAGCUGGCAUACUAUGUUUACAAGAACGCUUUCAUACAUAUAAACAAAGUGAUGAAAACUCAAAGUUAUGUGCUCAGAUUGUUGAACAAAUGAAUUUAACUGUGAAACAAACCGAAAAUAUACUAAAUUCACUAACACAACUAGAACAACAAAAACAAUAUUUAUCUUCAGCAGUACCGGUAUCAGAUGUCAAUAUAACAAACUAUGUUAACGAUACUGUGGGCAAUGGUGAUACUACAGGAUAUUCACAAAUAGUCACGCCAAUAUCAGUGGAUCAUGAUUUACAUCAAUGUGGUCAUCAAGGUCGAGUUCAAUUAUCGGAUCAGUUAUGUCGACGUCCAUUGAAUAUGGCACGUCAUCCAUCAUCAUCAUUGUCAUUUUUAAACGAUUCAUCAUCGCUGACAACUGUCGAAAAUAUCACAACAAUACAAGGUCCAUCUAAUAUUAAAAAAGAAGAGGAAGAAGUUAUAUCCUCUAAUGAUUUAUCGUUUCGCCAAUUAGAAACACUUUUACUGGGUCCAAAUCGAACAAAAGCAAUAUUAAAUGAAGAUAGUUUCAUUAAAUUAGAAAAUCAAUUGAAUAAUGAAGAAGAAAUUGUUGAUAGUAAAAUCCAUCAACAAUUAACAAUUAGUCCGGAAUUGUUGCCAAACAAUGCACCAUCUAAUACAACGUUAAGUAGUCUAUCUUCUAUUGAAAAUGAUAUGAAUUUACCACAAACAUCGACAACAAUCGUUGAAGUACCAGCGCAAGAACAAUAUGACGAUGAAAAAGAAAAUAUUUCUAUGUCUUCAGAAAGUAUUGAAGAAAUUUCAAUUGAAACAAAGUCAACAAAAUUCAUUUUACCCAUUUUAACCUCACCAUUACGAGCUCAACCAGAAUUACCAAAACUAUUAACGCAAAUUGAAAGUAUUGAUCCAUAUUAA